CAUGCUCCUGCGAAGUCGCCCUCGCAUCUUGACCCUCUCCUGGACAACGAUCCCCCAAAGGUGUUUGCAACCUGAAUUGAUAUGUCACAAGCUGAUCCCUGGCGUCCUGGAGACGAUGCCCACCCUGGAGGCACCGGGGAAGAGAUCUAUCGGUCGGACGUUUUCAAGACGAUCUGCGAGGCUGUAGACGCUUUGGACAACGAGCUGAGAGAGCUCAGCCUUGAUAUCUCUGCGCAUCCGGAGCUCAAAUUCGAGGAGCACUAUGCGCAUGAUGUGUUGACCGCGUUCAUGUCGAAGCACGACUUCGAGGUGACCCCGCACUAUCUAAUGGACACCGCUUGGGUCGCACGGUACUCUCACGGCCAGGGCGGACGCACGAUUGGCGUAAACUCUGAGAUGGACGCGCUCCCCGGCGUGGGACACGCCUGUGGGCACAAUUUAAUCGCAAUCUCUGGCGUCGCCGUGGCUUGUGCCAUACGGGAGGCGCUGAUCAAGCACGAUAUUGCAGGCACCGUGGUGCUGCUUGGCACGCCAGCUGAGGAAGGCGGCGGAGGCAAAAUUAUCCUUCUUGACAAAGGCGCAUAUGAGGACAUGGACGCGUGCCUCAUGUGCCAUCCAGCGCCUGGGCCUCCUUACUCUGCGAGCCUCAGCUCAUGCUUGUCUAUCCAGCGUAUCCAAGCAGAGUUCCACGGGCAUACGUCAGUCCUUCAUUUCACUGUGGUAAACGCUUCACUGAUCGGGUUGCCCAGAGCUCAUGCUGCCUUGUCGCCCUGGGAAGGACAGAACGCUCUGGAUGCCGCAGUCUCUGCUUACACUAACAUCGCGAUGUUGAGGCAGCAAGUCAAGCCGACACACCGUAUACAUGGUAUCUUCGAAGGCAAAGACUGGGCCGUGAACGUCAUUCCCGAUUAUGCAAAGACGUUUUGGUACGUGCGAGGAGAGACGCAGGCCGAGGUCAAUGCUCUUCGGCCUCGCGUAGAGAACUGCUUCAAGGCUGCAUCCUUGGCUACAAGCUGCCGGCUCGAGAUCACGGACGCGGGGUCUAAUUUCGACCUCCGGCAGAAUAAAGCGCUUGGUGAUGGGUUCAAGCAGGUAUUCGAGAGCCAAUUCGGACCAGUUGACUACGUUUGGGGUAUCAAGAGUGCCUCCACAGACUUUGGAAAUAUCACAUAUGCACUACCUGCUCUGCAUCCUGGGUUUGGGAUCCCAACGGAGCUGCAGGGUGGCAACCAUACACGAGCCUUUGCACAGUCGGCCGCGAGCCCGGAAGGACAUGUCGCAUGUCUGAACGUAUCAAAAGCACUGGCCGCCACUGGCGUCCGUGUACUUACCGAUGGCGACUUCUUCAACCAGGUGCGAAAAACGUUCGAAGAAGAUUGCCGUCUGAGGGAAGCUCAGGCUGCCCAAGCAUAGGUUCGGAAAUAUCGAUAGCAAUAAUCAAACAAUAUCCGUAUAUAGUUCGUUUGGUACAAAAACGACCUGAGCUUUUUCCUG